AUGACGGAUAUGACCGGAGAGGCGUUCAGUCGCCAGAGAUUUGAGUCUCUGCUCAAACGACGGUUCUUCUUCGCCGAGGCCUUUGAGAUUUAUCGUACAUCGGCCAGUGCCUCGACUGACAACCGUGGCCUAUACGACUAUGGCCCGCCCGGCUGCGCGCUCCAGGCCAACAUCGUCAACGAGUGGCGGAACCACUUCGUCAUCGAGGAGAACAUGAUGGAACUGGACUGCACAGUACUGACACCCGAGGUGGUUCUAAAAACGAGCGGACACGUCGAGAAGUUUGCCGACUGGAUGAGCAAAGACCCGGUCAAGGGCCAAUAUCUCCGUACCGACCACCUGAUUGAAUCUGUGCUUCGAGCGAGGUUAGCGAAAUACCAAAGCACAGCAGAAGUCGACUGUCAAGAAAAGUCCAGAAAGCUGGAUGAUGCCACGGCUACAGAGUAUGAAGAAAUCCUCGCCAAGAUCGACAAUUACGAUGGUCCUGAACUCGGCCAGCUCAUCAAGCAACACGACAUCCGCAACCCCGACGGCAAUGGCGAGGUUCUGUCGCCGAUUCCCUUCAAUCUCAUGUUCAAAUCCACCAUCGGUCCCAGCGCUGCAGCCCCGAUCUACCUCAGGCCCGAGACGGCACAGGGACAGUUUCUCAACUUCCGGAGACUCCUAGAGUUUGGCCAGGGCUCCAUGCCGUUUGCGUCUGCGAGCAUCGGAAAAUCAUACCGCAACGAAAUAUCGCCGCGUUCUGGCCUACUGCGAGUUAGAGAAUUCCUCAUGGCCGAGAUUGAACACUACGUAGACCCCGAGGCCAGCAAGUCUCACGAACGAUUUGCCGAGGUUGCAGAGGUAAACCUACCAUUGCUGGAUAAAGGCACCCAACAGUCUGGCAAAACUACCAUCGCCAUCAUGUCAAUUAGCGAAGCUGUCCAAACCGGCCUGGUGGAGAACGAAACUCUUGGCUAUUUCCUUGCGCGAGUAUAUCUUUUCCUCCUGAAUAUUGGAGCAGAUCAGAGUAAGCUCCGGUUUCGGCAGCAUCUUGAUAACGAAAUGGCCCAUUACGCUGUUGACUGUUGGGAUGCGGAGCUUCUAACAAGCUACGGCUGGAUCGAAUGCGUUGGUUGUGCAGAUCGAAGCGCAUACGAUCUCUCGGUUCAUUCGGAGCAGACAGGUACAAAACUUGUUGUGAAAGAGCCCCGAUCAGAGCCGAUUGAGGUGGAAGAAUGGCAGGCGACUCUGGAUAAGAAGCUCCUUGGCCCACGAUUUAAGAAGGACGCCAAAAAGGUCGAUGCCGCCAUGGCUUCGUUGGAUCAGCAAACGCUGGAGAAUCUAGCUGCGGAGCUAACCGAGAAAGCCGUCAUUACGGUUCCAACCGAGGAGUUGGCUGAUGGCAAAACUUCCGUGCAGCUUUCUGAUGACAUUUGUGUCAUCAAGAAGGUUACUCGAAUUGAGAGAAUACGUGAGUACACGCCAAAUGUCAUCGAGCCCUCGUUUGGCAUUGGGCGUAUCCUCUACAGUCUCUUGGAGCAUGUGUACUGGCAUCGGCCAAACGAUGUUGCGAGAGGAGUUCUUUCGAUUCCCAUUUCCGUAGCACCCACCAAGGUGCUCAUCGUCCCUCUCUCUAACAACCCCUCACUCCAGCCUGCGGUGAAAAAGCUUGCAGCCCGACUUCGGCGGCUAAGGAUCUCCAACAACGUGGACGCAUCAUCGACGUCUAUCGGCAAGCGAUACGCUAGGAAUGAUGAACUUGGAACCCCGCUGGGCAUUACAAUUGACUUCGAUACUGUGGAGGAUGGUUCGAUUACACUACGAGAAAGAGACUCAACUAGUCAAGUGCGAGCUUCGGAGGACGCCAUCAUUCAAGCUGUCUGCAAUUUGGUCAAUGGUAGCGAGUCAUGGGAGCAGGUUUCCCAGAGACUGCCGGCUUUUACUGGGCAAAUCCAGGAUGACUGA